AUGUUUUACUCGCAGUUUAUCUUGGCUAGGAAAGGGCCACUUGGGACGAUAUGGAUCGCAGCUCACUUAGAGAGGAAGCUGAGGAAGAACCAGGUGGCUGACACUGACAUUGGUGAAUCAGUAGGUGAGUUUCUCAUCAACCCUCAAAGUUUUAUCUGACAAGCAUACGAAUCGAUGGAUGCUCAACUUCUUUAAGACAUCUUUUCAGCUCUCGGUCAAGUUCAUAUAUUAACCAUUUAUUUUCUGUAUCCUCUAAAAUAGGGCAUGAAAUUUUCCUCUUCAGUUGAUGAUUUGGUUUCCUGUCGACAAAUUGUAAAUAUUUUAUGUCGUUAGUUUAAUGGGUAAAAACACAUAAUUGUAAGCUUUUAAAUUGCCAUUCUAUUUUUCGUUAUAUUUCCAGUGAAGAUAGAAUAUGUUAAAUUGCCAUUCGAUGUUUUUGUUAUAUUUUAAAGUAUACUUCUUAUCUCUCCGUUUUCCCAUCCUUGCUACUUUUUUCUUCCGUUAUCUUUUUUAUUUGAAAAUAAAAGUUCUUAAGGAUAUUUGGGGCCAAUGGUUCAUUUCAGGGUAAUCCAAACGCACAUUUCCCAAAAUUUUCCUUUCCGACUCAAAUUUGACAUUUUAAUGCAGACUCUUUUUUUUCCCUCAAAAUGCUGCGUCUCCAGGACUAUUAUCUGCAUUUAGUUUUGACAUUUAAAAGCUAACAUGCCAGGAAGUUUUUGUCAAAUCUGCUUGCCGCUAUCAGGUGUGUUAGGAAGCUGCUCGUUUAAUUGCCAAAUGUUUUAAUAAAUGUUUGGCAAUCAAAGCUUUGCAGGGUAAAGACGCUAAAUUGAGAAAAUGUCACAAAACCCUCAUCAGCAAAUAUUUAUGUUCUAGGCAUUAAUUUUUUCAAAACUUCCAUUAUUUGACAGGAGAGGUCAGAUUGGGUGAAUUUUAUACAGUUAGAAAAAGAUUGGUUGUUUAAAUACUCGUAUUUAACGACUACAAGUAUGAAUUUGUUGUUCAGAUAAUUGUCUAUUUAUGUCCCUGCCCUUUAUUUGCCAAUUCUGCCAUCAAAUCCUUUCAGAUUUGAGAAUCUGAUUUGAUUAUUACAUGAUGCUUCAAGUUAAAUAAUUGCGAGAAAUAUCAUUAAAAUUUAAUCCUUGUUAUUCAAUGUUUAUGAUCUAUUAACAUUUUAAACGUUUCGAAGUUUAUAGUUGAUACUCAUCAGAUAUCUCUUUUAUUCUGUUUCUUUUAUGUGCAUCAACCGUCUUCGCUUAGAUUGCUGAUUUGUCUGCCUGAUCGAAUUGAAAUCAUAGACGGGUGAUUCGAGGCCUACUUUCCAUCAUGAAUUACUGGUAUCAUUGGGAUUCCCCUGUCGCCUGCCCAACAGGGGAUGCUAUCCUGGGUGUGGUUUGGGGGGGGGGGGUUGGGGGUUGGGCCAGACAAUAUGGGAUGAAUUAUGGGCUUUUGGGCUAGAUACUCUCACCAUGUACUGGUGCUGUAUUGUUUCUCCUCGAGGUGUGAAGAACCAGGCUGUGAUUUGCCCACUCUUGCCUGGGCUUUUAGAGCUCAUGAUGUUCUCUAUCGUGCCACCAAAGGGGGAGGAAGAAGGAUGUAGAAACAAUAAAGGGAAAAAAAUGAAUUGAACGGUGAAAAGACUCUUGGCUAUCAUCAUUUCCUCUGGUUUAUCAUGUCCUAUUACGUGAGACUGUGCAUGCUUUGAUGUACUUUGUUGUCCUCUUCCUCGUGAACAGAAGGAAAAGAAAGCAAAAGAACCAAAAGUUCAGUCGUACAGUCACCAUUUCCUUCUUGUGAUUUAGUUUUGGGUUAGAAACAAAUCUCAACUAUUGUUUGGGGAAAAUACUGAUAUUCUUGUCUACAUGUCAGAGCUGUGCCUCUGUUUUAUGUAUUUGAUAUGUUCCUCUGCAGGUAGUCUGUAUUGUUUAUUUUGUCUCAAAAAAAUUCUCUUCACAUUGACAAUGUACCGCACCAAGGUUAUGUAGGCCAUAUUGGAAACUCAACAUAGAUAAAAUAAUUGAUUGCGUGCUUUACCAUCACCAAAAAGACUCGUCUGUCUUUUGAUGCUUGUCAUUCACUGAAGAAAAAGUUUCACAUCUGAGGGGCUUUCCCUUUCAAGGAGCCAGUUGUAUUAUUAAUAGAAAAACAAGAAAGACCUAAAAUACGAAUAAUAAAAAUAUGGGUUCAUACAUCAAUCAUUGAUGUCUAUCUGUCAUCUCGUUGGGAUAAAAUACAAACGUUGGCAUUUGAUGUCUUCUGACCUGUUUUGUCAUUAGUCGUAGAAGUCCAAACUCUUGGAAUCUCUGUGUUCUGUGACAGUUUUUUGUUCUAUCCACAGAAGAUAAGAAAAGUGGUGACGGAAAAGAGAAGUAGUAUUAACUGGAGAAAGCUUGCUAGUGAGAAAUCUGAACCAUGCAAUGGUACAAGACUCAGUGGGGAUAUCGGAUAACUGCAGACCAGAGCUGACAAACGGAAGCUGGAUUGGCAACAGCCUUUUAAAUAAUAGCGUUGACUUUACAAAAGAACUAACAGUUAUUGCUGUAUCUAUUGGUAAACUCACAAGGAGACUCUAUCGUUUAUCUCUAAAUGGGCUUUGGAAGUGGAAAACAGUUAUAUAAAACCUCCUGCUUUCGAAAUGACCCCUAGUGAGCUUAGGACGGAGUUUAAUCAUACGAAGUUUCUUAAACCUACAGCAUGUGGGUGUGGUCAGGGGACUGUCAAAUGACGGCCUAUUGAUAUGGCAGUUCCUUUCUGACGAUGCCACAGCUUCUACGUUCGUAGCAAAAAAAAAAUGUAGAGCAUACCUCAAUUAUGCUUUAAGGUGGAACGUUGCGCCGAGGUCGAGUUAAGACAGAGAGGGUAUUGUAUGUUUUGAUGUUUUAUGAUAUGAUAUAUGUUAGGAAGAGUAAUGUGAAGCCAUGGAUUUGGGUGGUGUAAGGUUCAAGAACAUUGGCUUGCUUCAUAAAUGUUGUUGGAGGCUUGGGAAGUAUGAGCAAAACCUUUAGUUUCUGGGUUAGUAGCAGUCAAGGAAAAACUUGGGUAGGGUGUAGGAUAAUCCUUCUCAAAUCAGUCAGGCAUUGUCUGAGAACUUUUUCAGUAUUCUUUCCCAAACUUACGAUGCAAAUAUAGAAAUCGAUAGUUCAUAAACCAUUAUUUGUGCAGACUCAUGAGCUUUGCCACUUGUUUGGCUAUUAUCAAGUUCUUCGAAAUGAAUGUGGAUCUUGGUCUGUUCUUGACUUUCUUUAUUGUCUAUUGAUUUCUGACAUUAUUGUGUUUUCUUCAGACUCGAUUCUCUUCCCAGACGUUCCAAUUGCUCUUCGCCUGUCAAGCCACCUUCUUCUUGGAGUGGUGAGAAUAUAUUCAAGGAAGGUGAACUAUCUUUUCCACGAUUGCAGCGAGACUCUACUCAGGGUAAAGCAAGCAUUUCGUUCAACAGCAGUUGAUCUUCCUCCAGAAGAAUCUACUGCACCUUAUCAUUCCAUCACUCUUCCAGAAACUUUUGAUCUUGAUGAUUUUGAGUUACCAGAUAGUGCCUUAUUGAAUGGGUUAGUUCUCGAUUUCUCUAGUCUCUGAUUUCUUGCGUGUUUAAUGUCUUUGCCUGCUUUGUGCCAUUGCUCAUCUUCACAUUUUUAAUUCCUUAUGCAAGCACCUUUUGUUCUGUUAUCUUGCAGCAACUUUGUGGAUCAUCAUAUCAGUACAAGAGAACAGAUUACAUUGCAGGACACUGUGGACGCCACGGGAUACUCCAUAUCACAGUUUGGAUUGGAUGGUUGGUAUCCUUAUUCUUUGUACAGUCUUCUCUUUACCACGUGAUAGGUUAGUGAAAAUGUGAGUGUGCACAGAGAACCCAUACUACCUGCCUUACCCUUUCGCCUAACGGGAAUGAGCAACAACGAAAUGACGAGAAACCCGGGCACCCUAGGUAUGUGAGCUCUGUUGGCCUACAGUCGUCCCACUGUGUUCGUGGGGGGGAGGGGAGAGAGAGAGACAGAGAGAGACAGAGAGAGAGAGGGGUAGGGGCCCUCCAUUUCAAAUCUUGAAGUCUACGUGGCGAUUUGGUCAUCAUAUUGUUCUUCAGCAGAUGCCGAGAAUAAGAUGCAGCUGGGUUAAAAAAUGUGCGAAUGCUGAAAGCUUCCGAUAACCCAAGAGGAUGGGUUGAGGGGGAGAGAGAGAGAGAGAGAGAGAGAGAGAGAGAGAGAGAGAGAGAGAGAGAGAGAGAGAGAGAGAGAGAGAGAGAGAGAGAGAGAGAGAGAGAGAGAGAGAGAGAGAGAGAGAAGCUGAUUAUUUUUGGCAUAACCACCCCCCGCUCAAAAAAGAUAAAAGAAUUACACAGAGAGACAGACAAACACACCCUUACACACCACCCCCCCUCCCACCCCCCACCCGCCGUAUGCAUAAACAAGUAGAAUGGACUAACCUGGCCCCAAAUAGAUGACUGAAUUGAUUCGUUUUUGCUACUCUGACUUUCAGAAAGAUUUGGUGAUGGAGAUGCUUCUCAAAUUGGCUUGGACCUCGAUGAGGUGAGUCGAGUUGCCUCCUUGUUUUACUGUGAGAUUGGAUCUGUUUGGAACUUAAUCUUCCUGGUGUUUAUUUUCUGAUUAUGUUUUUGUUGGCAUCCAUAUAUUUUCAAUUUUGCGUCUUUAUUUCUUAUUACUUUUACUUUCGUAAAUCUGGCCUCAUAUUAAAUGUAAAGUCCAAGCUUCUAUAAAGUGCUCGUUAAUAGGGCUACCUGCCUGACUGUUUCUCAUCAUCACAUACAUUAUCCGAUUAAUUUUGGUGUUUGCGAGUUCCAAUAUGGGAGCCAAGGAUUUUCUGUAGAUGACUGGCUAUGUCGAACAUCAACCCUCAAACUAGUGCUUCCGCUAGCAGGUCCGACCAGUGUUGCUGUUGACCGGAGUUUUGAAACCAUGAUAAUCCACUGCCUAAGCAAAUAAGCAUGCAUAUACACAUAAUUGAAUGCUCUCAUUCAGAACCACGAGUAUUAGAGUUUGGGCAAAAUGUGUCAUGGAUAUGGCCAUUCACCCAUGGGUGUUUGUAUCAUAGGAAUGAGAAAUGUGCUGUGCAAAUGGCCAUUAACAUUUGAUUCAUCCGUCUUGUGAUACGUGAGUGGUGAACUUGGGUCAAUCAAGUUUUGUUGAUCCAUUCCUUCCUCAUGGGCAAUUUGCAUUAAAAGUUUUAGGCAACCACCUAGGUCGUUGAAAAUAAGGCUUGAAAUCUAGGUGUUUGAGGCAGGUUAGAAUGCUCACCUUGAUGUCUUGGGCACCUGGGCCGUCUUCUCACUUAGGCAUCUUGCAGCCAGUGCCUUGAAAACGACUUUUUGGGCUGUAGAUAGCCUAUAAGAAGUCCCAUAAAACCUCAUUGGAGAUUAAGGAGUCCCAUCAGAUUUAGUAGUUUGUGUGGUAGAUGGCUCAGGUUCUGCAAUGCGUAUGUUUCUGUAUUUAUUUUGAUUUUGAUUUUCUUCAAGUUCUUAACAACCAUGGUUUCAGGGAUUCGCUGGUAGAUGGCAAACAUUUUCUCAUUGUGUGCAAGUUGCUAAAAGAAACAUGCACACGAUCGCCAAGCAUCAUGAUAGCAAAAUGCCUGCUUUGACCUAUGACCAAUUUUGAUAAGUUCCCUAUGUCCUUUUCUCGUAUGUAUUUGGAUCUUCUAAAAAAAUUUCUGAUCAGAAACUGUGCGUAAAAUGGGGACCGAGAUUAGCGGAAACAAUUAUCAUAAGUGCCCCUUCGUACUGAGAACUUGGACUGGAUAAUGAGGAAAUUUGGGAAAUUCAGCGCCUUAAAUGUAAACGUGGUGUACCGUAUGGCUGGAUUGAUAUGACAGACUUCAUCUCUCCAAACCCGAAUGGCUGGAUUUUUGUUAUUGUUUCUAUUGUUGUUGAUGAUGAUGUGAUAUUAGCACUUUCUUUCUUCUAGCGUUUUUUCUGUUUACUUGUCAAUUAAUCGAUUUCUGAGUGUUGACCCUUUGCUUUGUCACAAUAGGAUAUUGUCUUGGACAAGGGAUCUUCCAUUCCCGAUAACCUUUUGGGCUCAGAAGAGUAUGUAUCUCCUGCAUCUCAACAAUUGUAUCGGGUUUUCAUCACUAUUUUUGGUCUAUGCUGAACGCUUUUGAAUUAUCAAGUUUUCUUCAACAUCCUUUUUUCAUUUUACGGCAUUAGGCUAAAAUUGAAUGAACUUGUCAACACGUAGAGAAUCCAGAUACUAGUGAAAAGGAGAAACCAAAGUUCUGGAGAACUUAUCAAAUUCAGAAUCCCUAACCAAUGUAUAAUGCAUAUAAUAGCGCUUCAAAUGUGCACACAUUUUUAAUUAAAAUUCCAAAAGAAGGAAAAUAUUAAUAAAAUAUAAGUUCUCUAUUUGUAAUACAUGCUUAUUGCAGUAGUAAUGUCAGUGAUACUUUCUCAGGAACUUUAUAUCAGCAUUAUCGUUCACAUACAUGCUGUUUGGAACUAUGGUGCAGCUUUAUUAGAGAUAUCCUCUGUUAUUCUACCGCCGCAUAUGUCCUUCUCGUGUCCAUGUUUCCUUUCUGCAAAAUCUGGUGAAAUGAAAAAUGAAUGUCAUAUUUGCAGCAUGGAACAUAAGAUUUCUCUCCAGCAUGAGGAACCUUUUCCAAGUAUGGAUAUCGAUAAUGAUUAUGAUGAGCAUAAUGCUGGGACUUCAAAGAAUAUUGGUGAAGAUUCUGCCAUUCACUUUGGAAGACGCAUCCCUCGAAAGUUGCAGGAUAUGAGUGAAGAAGGCCCUUCAUUACUGAGCCAUUGUGAGCAUAUUGAAAGAUCACCUUCUGUUCCAGAUGAUACGAUUGUUUCUUUCCGUAUCCAUCAAACCCUUCCAGACACCAUUGAAAAUGCACAAACGCCAAGUACUCCUGCAUUAAUUCAAGAGGCGAUACCUGCCAAUGUCCAAAACAUUGCUUUGAGUCCAUCUGGAAAAGCUUCACCAUCUAAUGACGCUGAAGCUGUUGUUGUGAAUCCAUCACGUUCUCACAUGGAAUCCGAAUGCCAUGACUCCGAUGAGAGUGGUGAUUUAGUUAAGGACAAACAUGAUUCUUGCCUGAAUCAGGCUAACAUAGCAUCUAAAGGUGGCAAUUCCGAACUGUCACUCAAAGAGCCAGUUCUAGGUGAAUCAGAAUUUCUUGAUGGAGUAGAGCAAUCGCAUGCUGAUGGAUUAUCAAUUGAGGUGCAAGGUUUGUUUUGCAUUCAACAUAAUUUCCUUCUUUCCACAUGAACAACAAAGUAUUAUUCUUAUGCCUACUGUUAUUUUCUAGGUGAGGAUGUUCACUUGCCUAGUGUUUCAAAUGCUGACACAGGUGUUACCAAGAAGUCGGGAAAUGUAGUUUCCCAACAAGGGACGGAUUGCAGUAAGGAUGAGGAUUUGGGUGAUGUGAUUUCGAAGGGUUCCCGGAUAGAGAUCAAUUGCUCGGCAAGUAGUGAAUAUCCUGAACCUGAAAGGAUGCUCUUAGGCACUAGGGGGGAUCAAGGUGUGGCAAAGGAUUUAGAGCAAUGUACUAUUGCGGAGAAAGGUGUCACAGAAUCUGAUGGAAGUGUUGAUCGGGGAGUAAGUACCCGUGGCAGAAAACGACACUUAACAGAAAGUAGUCCUUUUCAGCUGAAUGGGAUUUUGGCCAAGUCGUCCAGGGCAUCCCAAUCAGGAAGAAAUGCAGAGUAUAUCCCUGAUGACGAUGAUGUGCUGGCAUCUAUUUUAGGUAUGGGCCUUUACUUGACUUCUCUAGUUUCAUACGAAUAGCUGUGGUCCUUUGAAAAUUCAUGAUGAUUGCUGGAAAAUUGUGUAUGUUGCCUAUUUUUCUAUGCACAUGUGUAAAUCAAGUUCCUAUUACCUCAUGGUUUAUGUACUUUUACUCUUCUCUAGUUGGACGGAGUUCUGCUCUGAAGUUGAAGUCUACUCCAACUCUUUCAACUAUGCCUCCUUCAAAACGACAAAGGCAGGCUUCUAGGGCCGGUGUGCCUAAGAGAAAGAUGCUAUUGGAUGAUACUAUGGUCUUACACGCUGAGUAUGUUUCUUGUCUGUGCUAUGCUGUAAAUUUUCUGUUUAAUGUUUUCAUUGUCUGUUCUAGCUGCUAUAUUUAAUUUCAUUUUGCAAUUCCAUGUCGGAUAUCGUUUGUUCAUUCGUGAUGUUUAUUCAUCAAAUAUUGAUUGAUUUUCCCUUUAUCAGUGCUAUACGAGAGCAGCUGAUAAGUACUGAAGAUAUACGUCGAACACGAAGGAAGGCUCCAUGCACUCGUCCUGAAAUCUGGGUGAUCCAAAAAUGCUUGAUAGAGGAAGGGAUUUUCUGUGAACCUGUUUUGACUGGUGAGGUUAUCGUUCAAAACAUUUUUUCAAGAGUAUUCUUCCAGCAUUUCACCCAUUUUACGUUUCUUGACCAAUUGCCUGCUCAUUCGGUAGAAGUCACAUUGCAGUCGCUUGUCUUAGUUAUGAGGAGAUUGUUAAUACAAUGAAACGCCUAUCUACACAUAGGAAUCGAAACUCUUCUUAAAUAAGCAACGGAAGAGCGAAAUACCUUGUUUGCCCAUAAAUUUUUCAUUUUACCGAAUCGUAGACUCUUAUUUGGCAGAAGACGUAUCAACGUCACUUACAGAAAAGUAACUCUCAGAGAUUGUUUUUUUUUUUUUUUUGAGCAUGCCGUGGCUGAUUGGGUUCAUUUUUACUGAAUUUGACAGAUGCUUUAUGAAGUUUACAAUGUUUAAUUCCCCGCUGAAGAUUACCGAAAACCAGUAACCUAGAUUUGCCAUAAUUUAUUAAUGCUGAGCUAUAAUAACAUAACAGCCACUUUCCAGGGAUAUGGUUGUGAAAGUGGAUGAGUGGUUUAAGGAUAUAUAAUCAACUAGAUGAAAACUCCAAUUGUUAGCCAUUGAAGCUCUAAUAAUUCGUUUGAAUAUUGUUUUAGUCAACCAAAUUUACACCUUAUCCUGUCCAUUGAGGAUCGGCUAGCAUCAAUGUUCCUGUUCUCCAUUCUAAUACGAUUAAUGACGUGCUUGGUUAGCAUCCUGAAUGAUGCAAGCAUCUAGUUACCUAAGAUGCUAAUGAUGUACUGAAUUUCCUGGCAAUCUAACAUGUCAGAAGAUGUGACAAUGGAUCUUUAAAUUGAUCUAGUAUAUGAAGUAAUGACAUACAAUUCUUUAACAAUAUUUUUCGUGAAUGCUUUUCCUCUGUUAACUGUUGACUAACUUGCUCGUGAACAAUAAUAAUGCAGAGUAGUGUUCAACGAGCAUAGCCAUGUGAAUCAAAUAUUUUCAAUGGUUCAUUUCUUAUUUUCUGUUAUGUCCAUAGUUCCAUAGUCAAGUUGUUUCAUUAAUUUUACGCGGUGAUAGUUCCCCCCCCUCCCCCCAAUAUUUACCAUUGUACGAAUACUAAUUUCUGCAUUUCAUUCCGAUGUUGAAUGUGAUCUAAGCGCUUCUAAUGAGUGAAAAUAUUUGAUAUAAUUAUGAAAAUUUCCUUUCAUGUUCGAUUGGUUCGUCCUGGAGGACAUGUAAUUAUGCCAUUCUUUCAUCCACUAAAGGCACUGAUUUGAUCUGUCCCUUCCAUCCAGGUAUGCCUCUGGAGUUGGUGAUUCUGCACAGCCAGACAUUCGACCUAAAUGAUGCUCCUGAUUCAGGGUUUAAUACAGACUAUUCCCAUUUAGAAUUACCGAAAAUACAGAACAACUCUGACUUUAGUGAGAAAUCUAAGGUCAACGAGACAGAGAAUAACCCAAAAGCUGCAGCCAAAGAUGACGGCGAAAAAGAGGAGAUUUCUGAUGUCCUUGAAAUCUCUCAGACGACGCCCAGCUCUCUUGCAGACGUUGUCCUCGGCGAUGCCAACAACAGGGCUCAGUCAGCCUCACUAACUGCUCCACAUUUGGUGGAGGCAACUGCUGAGACCUCAUCCUCUAACAAAGGAGAUGACGACAUGAAUACUACUAAUCUUGGGGUGAUUGCGCCAGAAGGUGAUUACUCAAGCUGCCAAACUCACUGCGUUGAACCCAAAUGCUUGAGGGUACCGCGGUUUUUCAUAUGACAAACUUUUCAAAUGAACCAGGUGCCUUGGCCGAUUCAACCUGUGACCAGAGUGUGGAGCAUGAAGCUGUGCCUGGCGGUGUAAAUGACGAUGGUAACCCCAUCUCUGAGAUCUCCCCUGUGAAGGCACCACAGUCGCGACUCGACACCGAAGUAGAAGAGAACCCCUCAACCGUAGGCGAGAACUCUGGCUUCCACGACACCAUGGACUUGGAUAGGAGCCACUUUGACUCCGCCGCCCCAAGAGACUCCAAUGUAAGCUACCUCUGUUGGUUGCACCAUCCUAAGCAGUGCAUAUUGGGGGAAUCGCUUCCGUCGUGGGUUCUUGUGGUUCUUCCACAAAUAGCAAAAUAUUUGAUAUCCUGCUUGACGAACGGCUCGUUUAAUUCUGGUGCAGGAUUUCUGCAGCGCUGUGGGCGGGAACGACACAGGUUCGUCCCCUUUCCUUCUCAGGCUGAUCGCUGCAGCUCGUUGCCUGAAUGGGGUUAAUUGAUUUCUAUAGGUGGUAAUAAGUGGGAUCUGAGGGAGAUUUCCGUUGACUAAUUGUUGGUUUGAUCUCCCAAUCCUCGUCUCCCAGGGUUUCUAAAUGUAGAUGACGAAGUUGACUUCGAUGAAGAGGUGGAGAAUGAGCUGCCCGACACCGAAGAGGCCCAAUCCACUGAGAACAGCGGCUGGUCGUCUCGUACCAAGUACUCUCCCACCCCCCUCGUCUCCUUUUCUGCCUGGUACCUGGUAGCCACUGAUGAUUAAAUCAAACCAUUCUCCAAAAGGGGUGUUGCAAGAUUCCUCAGAUCCUUGUUCGACGAGGAGACCGGCCGGGGAAGAACAGCCGUCGCCGUUGACCAGCUCUUGGCGGGUAAAACCCGGAAAGAAGCAUCAAGAAUGUUCUUUGAAACAUUGGUAUGUGUGAAAAAUAAAUAUAUUUAUUCAAUCUGGAUGAAUCUGCGUGGUGGGUUCUGAUGAUCAUCUGAAACUGGUCUCUCUCCAGGUGUUAUCCACCAAGGACUACAUACUCGUUGACCAGGAGAACUCCUUCAAGAACAUCAGCAUCAAACCCAGAUCGAAGCUCCUGAAAUCCGACUUCUGA